AUGAAGUUCGCGCACCAGUUCAAGGAGACCCUUGAACGGGAGGCCUUUCCUGACCACUGGCGCGAGGCCGCCAUACCUUACUCGCAGCUUAAAAAAUGCCUAAAGAAGGUUCAGCAGGAGCUGCAGAGCCUCGGCCUUGACAAGGGCACUCUGCAACAGCUCCGGGCCGCCCAGACUAUGUCCCCCGACGGCGUGCCCGUCCCGAUGGCCCGCUACAACCUCGACCAAGCCCCCUCGCACUCGCUGCGCCCGUGCCUGACCGUCUUUGUACAUCUUCAGGAUGGCCAACCUGUCGAUGCUGCCCUUUCUCCUGCAUCGAGGGAACUCCUCCAAAGGCUGUCCGGGAAGCAGCUCCCCCUGCUAGGCCUGGAGCCCGUCCCGACUCCGGACGCCGUGACCACGGACCAUGAGUCCCAACUGCCCGAGGGGCAGUCGGUGUUAACCGAGGCGGGAAUCGAGCGCAUCGAGAUUCCUUUGGUCUUCGAUGGCGAGUUCUUCAACAUCCUCCAGAGCGAUGUCGACAGUCUAGACAUCCUUCAGCAGCAAGAGGAGAAGUCUAUGGAAGGCGACAUCACCACCCUUGGCCACGAGGUUUCGGCCGUUACCAGGCCCUCAAAGUUCUCAAAGUCGGACCUCAACCGCUGGCGAGAAAUUUUUGACGUCUACGUCGAUGCUCAAAUCUUCUUCUCCUCCCAUGAAAUCGACCAUGGCUCUCGGUCGAGCGCAAGAGCCGUGCAGAACCUUGUUUGGUUUCAGAAGGAAAUUCAGAAGCGUGACUUGUUAAGCAAGUUCAAAAUGCCAUCCAGCCGGCUCGCCUAUAACCGCUUCCUGCAGCUCAACGCGACGCUGCUCCAGAACCUCAAAUUCCAGGAGAUCAACAAGACAGCUAUCAACAAAAUCCUCAAGAAAUUUGACAAACGGACGAGCCUCGGCGCAUCUGUCUCGUUCCGCGCAGCCGUUCGGUCGCAGAAGUUUCUCGCCGGGAACGUGGCCAAGAAGAUGUGUGCUCAGCUCGCCCAUGAGGUCGUUUCGGUUGUACCCCGAGUCGAUGACUACACCUGCCCAAUCUGCUUCUCCAUUGCCUGGUACCCUGUCCGUCUAAGGUGCUCGCACAUCUUUUGUGUCCGUUGCGUCAUCAAGAUGCAGCGGGAGAGCAAGAAACAGUGCCCCCUCUGCCGCGACGAGGUUGUUAUGGAGGCUGAUCUGUCAAACAUCGACAAAAACCUGGAAAAAUUCAUGCGGUUGUAUUUUCGCCGAGAGACAGACGAGAAGCAGAGGGCUAACGAGAUAGAGAGAGGCCGAGAGAUAUUCGGGGAUGAGUACGGCAGCACACUUGAGAUGACAGACUCGACUAAGAGAAAAGCCGGCAAUGACGCUGCAGGUGCUCCUGCUUUCAAGAAAAAGAAGAAGGGCAAUAAUGGCAAGUGGAGAGUGCCGAAGGCAAAUGCCUCAGACAGACCCAAAGCCAAUGUCAUCGAGCCCGGCGACAUGGGCAUCUGGGUAACCUGCCCCCUGCACGUGAAGGGCAAGGCUGCAAGGGAGAUGGAACUUUUGUUCGAUGAGUAUGCCGACAAAAUGUACGGGAUCAAGUCGAGCUGCGACGAAUCGGAUGCGGGAGACGAGGACAUCGAAUCCGCCAUCCUAAAGGAGGUCAGCGCCUUAAAAGACAAGGGAAAGCAAUCCUCCGACCGUGUUCUCACAGAAGUUCGCAUCAAAGAAGAGUGCUUGCUUUUCAUGCGAUGCAAGGCUCCCAUAGAACCGGUCGAGUUCUCCCGGCGCAUCUGUCAGGAUGCGGCUAAUGCUGGUCACGGAGGGGCCAAGGCCCGGUAUCUCAACAGGCUGACACCACUCACUGUCAUUGAAAAAGCUUCCGAGACUGGUCUGGAUGAAGCGGCCAGAAAAGCCCUUGCCUGCCACUUCAAGCUCAAAUCGGCGGACACCAGAGAGCACGCGAAGUCCGAAGCCACAGGUGACCAGGCGGAGAACGAGCAUGCUGGGGCGGAUCACGAUUCUCAGCCAGCCACGUUCGCUAUCCGGCCGUCCAUCCGCAGUCACAAUACUCUGAAGAGGGACAAUGUGAUCAAACGUAUUGCAGAUACCAUUGAUCCUGUGCACAAAGUGAACCUUGGCGCUCCAGAUAAGGUUAUACUAGUGGACAUCUACCAGACCGUAUGCGGGCUGAGCGUCGUUCCAGGCGAUUGGGAGAGUCUGAAGAGAUACAACCUGACUGAACUGUACAAACUGUCAACCGAAAUCAAGGAAGGAACAGUAAAAGCCGAAAAUAGUAGCGGCAUCUAG